AUGCAAGAUCUACGAGAGGAAAAUCUAAAAAGGCAAUUACGGGAACUGCAGAAACAGGAGGGAAACUGGCCAGAGCAGAUGAGGAAGAUGAGGCAACGCGAAGAGAAUUCUCAAAGGCAGUUAAGGGAAAUGCAACAACGCGAAGAAAACUCUCAAAGGCAGUUAUGGGAAAUGCAGGAACGAGAGGAAAAUUCUCAAAGGCAGUUAAGAGAAAUGCAGGAACGAGAAGAAAAUUCACAAAGGCAGUUGAGAGAGAUACAGCAACGAGAAGAAAAUUCACAAAGGCAGUUGAGAGAGAUGCAGCAACGAGAAGAAAAUUCACAAAGGCAGUUGAGAGAGAUGCAGCAACGAGAAGGAAAUUCACAAAGGCAGUUGAGGUAGAUGCAGCAACGAGAAGGAAAUUCACAAAGGCAGUUGAGAGAGAUGCAGCAACGAGAAGAAAAUUCACAAAGGCAGUUGAGAGAGAUGCAGCAACGAGAAGAAAAUUCACAAAGGCAGUUGAGAGAGAUGCAACAACGAGAAGAAAAUUCACAAAAGGCAGUUGAGGUAAAUGCAGCAACGAGAAGAAAAUUCACAAAGGCAGUUGAGAGAGAUGCAGCAACGAGAAGAAAAUUCACAAAGGCAGUUAAGAAAAAAUACAGCAACGAGAAGAAAAUUCACAAAGGCAUUUGAGAGAUAUUGUGACUGGAUCAUUGCUCGCCGCGAAAUUCAGAUGACAGACAAAUGCCUUGGGAGGGGAGGUUGGGGAAGUGUUUAUGAAGGAGUAUAUUGUGGGUGGGCUGUAGCAGUUAAACAAAUCCAUGAUUUGAUUCUCUCUCCACAUAACAUACGCCUCUUUAAUAGAGAAAUGGAGAUUGCUUCAAAGUGUCAUCACCCUCAUUUACUACAGUUUAUCGGGGCCACAAAUGACGAAGAAAGCCCUCUGUUUGUAACCGAGCUCAUGGAAAACAAUUUGAGGACUCUGCUAGAGCAGCGGCAACUAUCUGAAAGAGAAAUACAAACUAUUUCUCUGGACGUAGCUCGUGGACCUAACUAUCUGCAUCAUAAAAAACCAGUACCCAUCAUUCACCGGGAUAUCAGCAGUGUUAAUGUGUUGCUAUGGCGACAGGGUGACCAAUGGAGAGGCAAAGUGUCAGAUUAUGGCACUGCUAACAGAACAUGA